CGUGUUGAGAACGGCUUUAACGGACGUCACGAACCUACCUGCCUAUAAGCCACGGGAUGUCUCUGGGGGGGUUCAAUCCAACUAGGAAUCCUCACAUUUUCCCACACGCAUGCCCUAUACUGACCGCGCGUAGCUCCCUUCUCCCUUUAGAGAACCGGACUGUCGGACGAGAGGAAGGUUGUCUUCCUAUUUAGCUGCCCAGGCGAGCAGCAAUCGGAACCCUUUCCUCGCUAUUCUUUUUGACAUGCGCUACCGCGGAAACUCUACCCCGACACGAUGCCCUCGCCGAUCGCAGGUAAAUCGACGAACUUUCGGAGGCAAUCCAAGCUGAACUUCGGUUUGGCUAAUGGCAGCAAGGAUGGCGGAUCGAAGACUCCCAUUGGGAAAAAGAAGCCCGCCAACGGAAACAUCCUCAAUUUCUUCAAGAAGGUCGAGGUGGAGGAGCAGCUGUUCUGUGAUGGCCCUAAGAAUGCGCCCCUGACUGCGCCACCAGCCCUCAAAGAGGAGGAUCUCUACGACCUUGAUGACCGUGAAGACGAACCAAGCACAGCAAAACGGAGGAAGUUGAGCCAUGAGGGCAAUGAGGACGCGCCCCAUACGCCAGAAAGCGAGCCUCGCCGCGAACCCGACGGGACGAAAUCUGCGGCACUGGAACAGACACAGAUGCGUGCGAAACGACCCCGAGGGAGGGGUCCCUUUCUUUAUAACUCUGACAGCGAAGACGAUGACAUCGAAAGCUCUCCAGCUAAACGCGCUCCUGAUGACGAACUGCUCGCCGCUACAUCGCUAGGCCCGAAUCCGCAAGAAAAGGCAGAAACAGACUUUGUGCCCAAGUUGCCGACUGAGGAGAGCUGUUCAGAGGUGCUUGACGCUCCACUUAACCAAGACGACAUUGCGGAUGAGGAAUUUGAGAAUCUAGAGGACAUCGAGGGGCUGUUCGACGACGCCGACGAAUUUGAUGACGGUGAGGAAAACCGCGAAAGAUACUUUAUGGAAGAACAGGCCAGGCUCGAAGCCGAAGAAGCAGGGGAUUCUACGUCGGGUGGAAUGGUGGACGGACCUCAGGAGGUGGAAGGGAUCGUGGAAAGCUGCCCACUGUGCAAUGCCAGCCUAGCCGGGAUCACCCCAGACCAGGCAACGGUGCAUGUGAACGCCUGUCUCGACGGACACCCUAUGCCACCCGCAAAUCCAGAGAAGCCGGCGCUGCCGGAGACAGUGGGCGCGCCCGAAGUGGGCAAGCGUUUUGCCAAAGCAGCCGUUCCCCGACCGGGCCAGGCCAAUCCGAUCAGCCUGGGAGGCACGGAAGGGCAGUCUACCUCGGCAUUUAGCAAGCUGAUGUCGGGGCACGCCGAGAACGCGGCGUGGGCCACGGCCGCCGCCUCGGAGCAGUCGUCUCGCGGCAAGCCGGCCCAUCAGCGGACGUGCCCCUUCUACAAGAUCAUGCCGGGCUUCUCGAUCUGCGUCGACGCGUUCCGGUACGGCGCGGUCAAGGGCUGCAGCGCCUACUUCCUCAGCCACUUCCACAGCGACCACUACGUCGGCCUGACGGCGAACUGGUCGCACGGCCCGAUCUACUGCAGCAAGGUGACGGGCAGCCUCGUCAAGAGCCAGCUGCGGACCGCGGCGAGGUGGGUCCGGGAGCUCGAGUUCGAGGAGACGGUCGAGAUCCCCGGCACCGACGGCGCCACCGUCACCAUGAUCCCGGCGAACCACUGCCCGGGCAGCUCGCUCUUCCUCUUCGAGAAGGCCGCCGGCGGCGGCACCGGAAAUAGCCGCAGGAAGCAGCGGAUCCUGCACUGCGGCGACUUCCGCGCCUGCCCGGCCCACGUCACCCACCCGCUGCUGCGGCCCGAGACGGUCGACGCCGUCUCGGGCCGCGCGAGGCAGCAGAAGAUCGACGUCUGCUACCUCGACACGACGUACCUCGACCCGCGCUACGCCUUCCCGCCCCAGGACGACGUGAUCGCGGCGUGCGCUGAGUUCUGCCGGGCGCUGUCGGAGGACCCGCGGGUGGCGGACGAGGUGCUGAGCGCGGCGAAGCGGGGGAAGCACCGCGGCGGCGGCGGCGGCGCGUCGGUGAGCAAGUUCUUCCCCCGCCUGGAAGACGGAGGGCGCGCGCAGGCUGCGGGGGAAGGAAGCGGAGAAGCAACGGCAGCGGCGGCCGGAGGCGGACCGCGGGCGCGGGCGCAGGCGCAGGACCGGCUCCUGGUGGUGUGCGGGACGUACUCGAUCGGCAAGGAGCGCCUGUGCAAGGCGGUGGCGCGGGCGCUGGGGACGCGCAUCUUCGCGCCGGCGGCGAAGCGGCGGGCGUGCGCGCAGCUGGGCGACGCGGAGCUGGCGGCGCUGCUGACGGCGGACCCGCGCGCGGCGCAGGUGCACCUGCAGCCGCUGGGCGAGGUCGGCGCGGCGGCGCUGCGCGCGUACCUCGACGGGCAGCGGCCGCACUUUGGGCGCGUGGUCGGGUUCCGGCCGAGCGGGUGGAGCUUUCGCGGCAGCUCUAGCGGUAGCAGCGCAGCGGCGCCGUCGACGCCGGACAUCCUGCACGGCGCGGCGUGGCGCCCGCGGUUCGGGCGGCGCGACCUCGCGGCGGCGGCGGCGGCGGCGGCGCGCGGCGCCGCCCCCGACGCGCUCUGCCUCGCCGUGCCCUACUCCGAGCACAGCAGCUUCCGCGAGCUCGCGCUCUUCCUGCUCGCGCUGCGCGUCGACCGCGUCGUCCCCACCGUCAACGUCGGCUCCGACGCGGCUCGCCGCCGCAUGCGCCGCUGGACCGACCGCUGGAUCGCCGAGCGCCGCCGCGCCGGCGUCGCGCGCCUGCUGCCCGGUCUGGGCCCGGACCGCGACGGCGCGGCCGAGGAGAGCGGCGACGCCGAGGCGCGGCUCUGGGACGGCAGGGAUGGCGGCGCCGGUGGCGGCGUACGGUGGUAGGUGUUGGAUCGCGGUGGCUGUGUGGGUGCUGUGGCUGUCGUUCUUAGGGGGGUAGAGCGUUGGGGCGUAUAUAUAUGGUCGUCGUCGAGCAGGCGUGUGUAGAUGCUGUACUAUAGGUCCCCGUACCUACUUACCUGCUCCUUUUCUUCCGUGCGUCCCUGCACCGU